CGUUACAUACGUAAUACAUGCGCUCCAAUGUCUAUGUUUUGCUUGACAUACGUGUAGUUUACAAGCUAUGGUUACAGUUUAUACCCGAGCCUUUAUAAAAUAUUAAAAGGAGCUCGCCACCUUUAUAUACAACUCCAUACAUAUCCACAUGAUGAUACACAUAUAUAAAUGAAGAUAUAGUUCCUCACACAUUACUCCACAUCGUAGCACUCCAAAGCCAACAACUGUUCUCCUUAGAGAGAGAGAGAGAAUGGAAGAAGAGAAGAGAUUGGAGCUAAGGCUGGGUCCUCCCGGUGAUCAGUUCACUUGCAACAACAAUGGAGGCAGACGAAGAACUUUUCAAAAUUCAUUUUCUUCUUCAUCCGCCAACAAAGAGGCGUACCCUGUUCCCAACAAGAGAGUUGAGGUAGCUCCGGUGGUGGGGUGGCCGCCGGUGAGGACUUUCCGGCGAAACCUUGCAGGAAUCGGCGCUUCACAGAGGGCGAAGGAGAAGGAUCAUAGUGAGAGAAAGGAAGAGAGAGAAAUGUAUGUGAAGAUCAAUAUGGAGGGAGUCCCCAUUGGAAGAAAAGUCAACCUCUCCACCCUCACCGAUUACCAGCAGCUUUCUACCACCGUUGACCGCCUCUUCUCCGGCCUUCUUGCCAUUCAAAUGAAUUCAACGGUGGAUGGAGAUGAAGAAGAAGGGAAGACAAACGACCAAAGCAGAGGGAAAGAUUCAUGGGAUCCAAAGAGACAAUACACUUUGGUCUACGAAGACACCGAUGGAGACAGAGUUUUGGUUGGAGAUGUUCCUUGGGGGAUGUUUGUGUCGACUGUGAAGAGAUUGCAUGUAUUAAAGACUUUCGAAGUCUCCUCGCUUUCCCCUGGUAGGCGUGGAGAGAGAGGUCCACCAACCUAGUUCAUCAUUUGUUCGGAGAAAACGAAAAAUAAUAAUGUAAUUUUCCUCGGAAAUUAAUGGGCCUGAUUUGAUUUCCGUCGUUAUAUCAUAGUUUUAGUUUGUGUGGAAAAUGAAUUGUACUAUUAUAAUAUUCUUGUGGAAUUUUUUUUUUUUUUUGCAGAAUUCUAAGUGGAUAUAUUUUUGUGCAAAUAUUUUGUAAUUUUAGUUGUUAAUCUGAUGUGACAUGUCUAAAUUUGACGUGAA